CCUGGGCCGUUACGCCAAGGGGCAGAACACUGCGACCUACCAAACAGAUGCUAACCUCCAUCUCUAUGAACCCACAGUGACAGUGAGGAUGGAAUGGAGGUGCUUACUUAUGAGGGGCAGGGCGCCCUCUUGAAGUUGACAGCUCGUUUAGACCAAGUCAGUGGUCAUUUUUAUCACGCACAUCUCUAUCGUCUCAUCUGACACUCGGAACCUUUUCUCCAAGACUUGACAAGCCCUCAGUCCAAAUCAUGUCGUCCAAGCUCUUCCAGCCGUUGAAGGUCGGCCAGGCCCAGUUGUCUCACCGUGUGGUGAUGGCACCCCUCACGCGUUUCCGCUUCGACGCAGACCAUAUCCCACUCGACAUCGCCCUCGAGUACUACACCCAGCGCGCCGCCGUUCCCGGCACCCUCAUCAUCGCCGAGGCCGUUCUUAUCUCUCCGGAGCACGGCGGCUUCCCCAACGCGCCGGGCAUCUGGAACGAGCGCCAGAUUGCUGGUUGGAAGAGGAUCACGGAUGCGGUACACGAAAAGGGCAGCAACAUCUAUGCCCAGCUUAUCGCACCCGGUCGCGCUGCCGUCGUCCCCGUCCUGGAGAAAGAGGGCGGUCAUCCUCUCCUAAGUUCCAGCGCCGUCCCGAUUAGCCCCGAUUCUCCCGUCCCCCGUGAGAUGACGGCUGAGGAGAUUGCCGCUGCUAUCAAGGACUUUGCGCAGGCUGGGAAGAAUGCGAUUGCGGCUGGCUUUGACGGCAUCGAGGUCCACGGCGCGAACGGCUACCUUGUUGACCAGUUCCUUCAAGAUACUUGCAACCAGCGCACGGAUCAAUGGGGUGGAAGUGUCGAGAAUCGGGCCAGAUUUCCCGUUGAUGUUGCUGCCGCGCUGGUCGAAGCGAUUGGCGGCGAUAAGGUCGGAUUCCGUAUCAGCCCUUACAGCACUUUCCAGGCGAUGAGGAUGCAGGACCCCGUACCUCAAUUCUCUUAUCUCGCGCAGAAGUUAAAGGAGCUCAAGCUUGCCUAUCUACACGUCAUUGAGUCUCGCGUCAACAACUGGGAGGAUGUUGAGAAGAUCGAGGGCAUUGAGUUCCUCUUGGAGAUUUGGAACAACGUUUCGCCUGUUCUUGUCGCAGGUGGAUUUUCCCCUGAGCUGGCCCAGAAGGCUGUCGAUGAGGAGUAUGCUAAGUGGGAUGUUGCCGUCGUCUUCGGCCGUCAUUUCCUGGCCAACCCGGACCUGCCAUUCCGCAUCAAGCACAGCCUGCCAUUGAACAAGUACGACCGCGACACAUUUUACACGCCUUCCAUUCCGCAAGGUUAUACAGACUAUCCUUUUCACCCUGCUUUCAAGCCGGGAAAGCCAUUGGCAUAGAGGAGUUUUAUAAAGACAUGGCGACUAUGAAAUUAGAUAGAUUCAAUGAGGA